GUUGUCUAGUACAGUUGUGCUCUGUGAAGUGAAGUCCUACUGUGUCUGUGGCUUCCAUCUGGUUCCUUGACUUCUGCAUUAUUUCUAAAAGUAAUUGAAAAAAAUAGAGUCAUCAGGGUCAGUCUUGCAGACAAACAACAAAAGGACUAGAUAAGCAUCGGCUUGUCGAUCUUGGCGCACAAGUGGAAAUGUGCUGGGCCCAAAAUCUAAAGUGAUCAAAGCACUGACGUGAUGGGAGACAGAUGGCAGAGAAGCUGUCGCUUGUUGACCUUGGUCUUUUUUCUCUUGAUCUCAUCUUCACUUGCUGCAGGUACUGAGAUCAGGUUAGCUGGGUCUUCUACGUGCUCUGGAAGAGUUGAAAUCUACCACAACGGUGUCUGGGGGACAGUCUGUGAUGACGGCUGGGACAUCAAUGAUGCAAAGGUGGUCUGCAGACAGCUGAACUGUGGGACGGCUCUGAGUGCUCCUGGGUCUGCUCAUUUUGGUGAAGGAACCGGAGAAAUCUGGCUCAACAACGUGGCCUGUUCAGGAAGUGAGAGCUCUCUAAGUAAUUGUCAGCACAGAGGACUUGGGGGACACAACUGUGGACACUACGAGGAUGCUGGAGUCAUCUGUACAGAGGGUAACAUCAGGUUAGCUGGGUCCACUUUGUGCUCUGGAAGAGUUGAAAUCUACCACGGUGACUCCUGGGGAACAGUCUGUGAUGACGACUGGGACAUAAAUGAUGCAAACGUGGUCUGCAGACAGCUGAGCUGUGGGACGGCUCUGAGUGCUCCUGGGUCUGCUCAUUUUGGUGAAGGAACCGGAGAAAUCUGGCUCGAUGACGUGGCCUGUUCAGGAAAUGAGAGCUCUCUAAGUCAUUGUCAGCACGGUGGACUUGGGACACACAACUGUGGACACAGGAAGGACGCUGGAGUCAGCUGUACAGGUGCUGAGAUCAGGUUAGCUGGGUCUGUUUUGUGCUCUGGAAGAGUUGAAAUCUACCACAACGGUGUCUGGGGAACAGUCUGUGAUGACGGCUGGGACAUAAAUGAUGCAAACGUGGUCUGCAGACAGCUGAGCUGUGGGACAGCUCUGAGUGCCACUCAAUCAGUCAUUUUUGGUGAAGGAAGCGGACAAAUCUGGCUCAACAAUGUGGCCUGUUCAGGAAGUGAGAGCUCUCUAAGUCAUUGUCAGCACAGAGGACUUGGGACACACUGUGGACACGGGAAGCCCGCUGGAGUCAACUGUAAAGGUGCUGAGAUCAGGUUAGCUGGGUCUACUACGUGCUCUGGAAGAGUUGAAAUCUACCACAACGGUGUCUGGGGAACAGUUUGUGAUGACAACUGGGACACAAAUGAUGCAAACGUGGUCUGCAGACAGCUGAACUGUGGGAGGGCUCUGAGUGCUCCUGGGUCUGCUCAUUUUGGUGAAGGGACCGGAGAAAUCUGGCUCACCGAUGUGGCCUGUUCAGGAAGUGAGAGCUCUCUAAGUCAUUGUCGGCACAGAGGACUUAAGGGACACAACUGUAGACACAGCGAGGAUGCUGGAGUCACCUGUACAGAUGAUAACAUCAGGUUAGCUGGGUCCACUUUGUGCUCUGGAAGAGUUGAAAUCUACCACGGUGACUCCUGGGGAACAGUCUGUGAUGACGACUGGGACAUAAAUGAUGCAAACGUGGUCUGCAGACAGCUGAGCUGUGGGACAGCUCUGAGUGCUCCUGGGUCUGCUCAUUUUGGUGAAGGAACCGGAGAAAUCUGGCUCGAUGAUGUGGCCUGUUCAGGAAAUGAGGGCUCUCUAAGUCAUUGUCAGCACAGUGGACUUGGGACACACAACUGUGUACACGGCAAGGACGCUGGAGUCAGCUGUACAGGUGCUGAGAUCAGAUUAGCUGGGUCUACUUUGUGCUCUGGAAGAGUUGAAAUCUACCACAAAGGUGUCUGGGGGACAGUCUGUGAUGUUGGCUGGGACAUAAAUGAUGCAAAGGUGGUCUGCAAACAGCUGAGCUGUGGGACGGCUCUGAGUGCUCCUGGGUCUGCUCAUUUUGGUGAAGGAACCGGACAAAUCUGGCUCAACGAUGUGGCCUGUUCAGGAAACGAGAGCUCUCUAAGUCAUUGUCAGCACAGAGGACUUGAGACACACAACUGUGGACAUGGCAAAGAUGCUGGGGUUGUCUGCUCAGGUGCUGAGAUCAGGUUAGUUGGGUCUUCUACGUGCUCUGGAAGAGUUGAAAUCUACCACAACGGUGUCUGGGGAACAGUCUGUGAUGACGGCUGGGACAUAAAUGAUGCAAACGUGGUCUGCAGCCAGCUGAACUGUGGGAAGGCUCUGAGUGCUCCUGGGUCUGCUCAGCUUGGUGAAGGAACCGGAGAAAUCUGGCUCAGCAAUGUGGCCUGUUCAGGAAACGAGAGCUCUCUAAGUAAUUGUCAGCACAGUGCACGUGGGGUACGGUUUUGUGAACACCGCGAGGAUGCCGGAGUCAUCUGUAGAGAUGAUAACAUCAGGUUAGCUGGGUCUACUUUGUGCUCUGGAAGAGUUGAAAUCUACCACGGGGGCUCCUGGGGAACAGUCUGUGAUGACGACUGGGACAUAGAUGAUGCAAACGUGGUCUGCAGACAGCUGAGCUGUGGGACGGCUCUGAGUGCUCCUGGGUCUGCUCAUUUUGGUGAAGGAACCGGAGAAAUCUGGCUCGAUGACGUGGCCUGUUCAGGAAAUGAGGGCUCUCUAAGUCGUUGUCAGCACGGUGGAUUCGGGACACAUAACUGUGGACACGGGAAGGAUGCUGGAGUCACCUGUACAGGUGCUAAGAUCAGGUUAGCAGGGUCUACUAUGUGCUCUGGAAGAGUUGAAAUCUACUACGGUGACUCCUGGGGAACAGUCUGUGAUGACGACUGGGACAUAAAUGAUGCAAACGUGGUCUGCAGACAGCUGAGCUGUGGGACGGCUCUGAGUGCUCCUGGCUCUGCUCAUUUUGGUGAAGGAACUGGAGAAAUCUGGCUCGAUGAUGUGGCCUGUUCAGGAAAUGAGAGCUCUCUGAGUCAUUGUCAGCACAGAGGACUUGGGACACACAACUGUGAACACGGCAAAGAUGCUGGGGUCGUCUGCUCAGGUGCUGAGAUCAGGUUAGUUGGGCCUACUCCGUGCUCUGGAAGAGUUGAAAUCUACCACAACGGUGUCUGGGGAACAGUCUGUGAUGACGGCUGGGACAUAGAUGAUGCAAACGUGGUCUGCAGACAGCUGAACUGUGGGACGGCUCUGAGUGCUCCUGGGUCUGCUCAUUUUGGUGAAGGAACUGGAGAAAUCUGGCUCGAUGAUGUGGCCUGUUCAGGAAACGAGAGCUCUCUGAGUCAUUGUCAGUACAAUGAGGUACGAUUUUGCAGACACUACCAGGACACUGGAGUCAUCUGUACAGAGGGUAACCUUAGGUUAGCUGGGCCUACUUUAUGCUCUGGAAGAGUUGAAAUCUACCACGGUGACUCCUGGGGAACAGUCUGUGAUGACGACUGGGACAUAAAUGACGCAAACGUGGUCUGCAGACAGCUGAACUGUGGGACGUCUCUGAGUGCUCCUGGGUCUGCUCAUUUUGGUGAAGGAACCGGAGAAAUCUGGCUCGAUGAUGUGGCCUGUUCAGGAAAUGAGAGCUCUCUCAGUAAUUGUCAGCACAGUGGACUUGGUACGCACAACUGUGGACAUGGGAAGGAUGCUGGAGUCAACUGUACAGGUGGUGAGAUCAGAUUAACUGGGUCUACUCCAUGCUCUGGAAGAGUUGAAAUCUACCACAACGGUGUCUGGGGAACAGUCUGUGAUGACGACUGGGACAUAAAUGAUGCAAACGUGGUCUGCAGACAGUUGAGCUGUGGGACGGCUCUGAGUGCUCCUGGGUCUGCUCAUUUUGGUGAAGGAACCGGAGAAAUCUGGCUCAGCAAUGUGGCCUGUUCAGGAAGUGAGAGCUCUCUAGGUACUUGUCAACACAGAGGACUUGGGACACCCAAAUGUGGACACAGCAAGGACGCUGGAGUCAACUGUACAGGUACUGAGAUCAGGUUAGCUGGGUCUACUACGUGCUCUGGAAGAGUUGAAAUCUACCACAACGGUGUCUGGGGAACAGUCUGUGAUGACGGCUGGGACAUAAAUGAUGCAAACGUGGUCUGCAGACAGCUGAACUGUGGGACGGCUCUGAGUGCUCCUGGGUCUGCUCAUUUUGGUGAAGGAACCGGACAAAUCUGGCUCAACGAUGUGGCCUGUUCAGGAAGUGAGAGCUCUCUAAGUCAUUGUCAGCACAGUGAACUUGGGGUACACAACUGUGGGCACUUCGAGGACGCUGGAGUCAUCUGUACAGAGGGUAACAUCAGGUUAGCUGGGUCCACUUUGUGCUCUGGAAGAGUUGAAAUCUACCACAACGGUGUCUGGGGAACAGUCUGUGAUGACGGCUGGGACAUAAAUGAUGGAAACGUGGUCUGCAGACAGCUGAGCUGUGGGACGGCUCUGAGUGCUCCUGGGUCUGCUCAUUUUGGUGAAGGAACCGGAGAAAUCUGGCUCGAUGAUGUGGCCUGUUCAGGAAAUGAGAGCUCUCUUAGUAAUUGUCAGCACAGUGGUCUUGGGACACACAACUGUGGACACGGCAAGGACGCUGGAGUCAACUGUACAGGUGCUGAGAUCAGGUUAGCUGGGUCUACUACGUGCUCUGGAAGAGUUGAAAUCUACCACAACGGUGUCUGGGGGACAGUCUGUGAUGACGACUGGGACAUAAAUGAUGCAAACGUGGUCUGCAGACAGCUGAGCUGUGGGACGGCUCUGAGUGCUCCUGGGUCUGCUCAUUUUGGUGAAGGAACUGGAGAAAUCUGGCUCAACAAUGUGGCCUGUUCAGGAAGUGAGAGCUCUCUAAGUCAUUGUCAGCACAGAGGACUUGGGACACACUGUGGAAAUGGCAAGGCAGCUGGAGUCAUCUGUAAAGGUGCUGAGAUCAGGUUAGUUGGGUCUUCUCCGUGCUCUGGAAGAGUUGAAAUCUACCACAAAUGUGUCUGGGGGACAGUCUGUGAUGACAACUGGGACAUAAAUGAUGCAAACGUGGUCUGCAGACAGCUGAACUGUGGGAGGGCUCUGAGUGCUCCUGGGUCUGCUCAUUUUGGUGAAGGAACCGGACAAAUCUGGCUCAGCAAUGUGGCCUGUUCAGGAAGUGAGAGCUCUCUAAGUCAAUGUCAGCACGGUGGACUCGGGGUACACAACUGUAAACACAACGAGGACGCCGGAGUCAUCUGUACAGAUGAUAACAUCAGGUUAGCUGGGUCUACUUUGUGCUCUGGAAGAGUUGAAAUCUACCACGGGGGCUCCUGGGGAACAGUCUGUGAUGACGACUGGGACAUGAAUGAUGCAAACGUGGUCUGCAGACAGCUGAGCUGUGGGACGGCUCUGAGUGCUCCUGGGUCUGCUCAUUUUGGUGAAGGAACCGGACAAAUCUGGCUCAACAAUCUGACCUGUUCAGGAAAUGAGAGCUCUCUAAGUUAUUGUCAGCACGGUGGACUUGGGACACACAACUGUGGACACGGCAAGGACGCUGGAGUCACCUGUACAGGUGCUGAGAUCAGGUUAGCUGGGCCUACUAUGUGCUCUGGAACAGUUGAAAUCUACCACAAAGGUGUCUGGGGGACAGUCUGUGAUGACGACUGGGACAUAAAUGAUGCAAACGUGGUCUGCAGACAGCUGAGCUGUGGGACGGCUCUGAGUGCUCCUGGGUCUGCUCAUUUUGGUGAAGGAACCGGACAAAUCUGGCUCAACAAUGUGGCCUGUUCAGGAAAUGAGAGCUCUCUGAGUCAUUGUCAGUACAGAGGACUUGGGACACACAACUGUGGACACGGCAAGGACGCUGGAGUCACCUGUACAGGUGCUGAGAUCAGGUUAGUUGGACCUACUCCGUGCUCUGGAAGAGUUGAAAUCUACCACAACGGUGUCUGGGGGACAGUCUGUGAUGACAACUGGGACAUAAAUGAUGCAAACGUGGUCUGCAGACAGCUGAACUGUGGGACGGCUCUGAGUGCUCCUGGCUCUGCUCAUUUUGGUGAAGGAACCGGAGAAGUCUUGCUCACUGAUGUGGCCUGUAAAGGAAGUGAGAGCUCUCUAAGUCAUUGUCGGAACAGAGGACUUGGGGCACACAACUGUGGACACAACGAGGACGCUGGAGUCACCUGUACAGAUGAUAACAUCAGGUUAGCUGGGUCUACUUUGUGCUCUGGAAGAGUUGAAAUCUACCACGGUGGCUCCUGGGGAACAGUCUGUGAUGACGACUGGGACAUAGAUGAUGCAAACGUGGUCUGCAGACAGCUGAACUGUGGGACGGCUCUGAGUGCUCCUGGGUCUGCUCAUUUUGGUGAAGGAACCGGAGAAAUCUGGCUCGAUGAUGUGGCCUGUUCAGGAAACGAGAGCUCUCUGAGUAAUUGUCAGCACAGAGGUUUUGGGACACACAACUGUGUACACGGCAAGGACACUGGAGUCACCUGUACAGGUGCUAAGAUCAGGUUAGCUGGGUCUACUAUGUGCUCUGGAAGAGUUGAAAUCUACUACGGUGACUCCUGGGGAACAGUCUGUGAUGAUGACUGGGACAUAAAUGAUGCAAACGUGGUCUGCAGACAGCUGAGCUGUGGGACGGCUCUGAGUGCUCCUGAGUCUGCUCAUUUUGGUGAAGGAACCGGAGAAAUCUGGCUCGAUGAUGUGGCCUGUUCAGGAAACGAGAGCUCUCUAAGUCAUUGUCAGCACGGUGGACUUGGGACACUAAACUGUGGACACAGUAAGGAUGCUGGGGUCGUCUGCUCAGGUGCUGAGAUCAGGUUAGUUGGGCCUACUCCGUGCUCUGGAAGAGUGGAAAUCUACCAAAACGGCGUCUGGGGAACAGUCUGUGAUGACGGAUGGGACAUAGAUGAUGCAAACGUGGUCUGUAGACAGCUGAACUGUGGGACGGCUCUGAGUGCUCCUGGGUCUGCUCAUUUUGGUGAAGGAACCGGACAAAUUUUGCUCGAUGAUGUGGCCUGUUCAGGAAAUGAGAGCUCUCUGAGUAAUUGUCAGUACAGUGGAGGUCUGCCACAGUUUUGCCAACACUUUGAGGACGCUGGAGUCAUCUGUACAAAUGAUAACAUCAGGUUAGCUGGGUCUACUUUGUGCUCUGGAAGAGUUGAAAUCUACCACGGUGGCUCCUGGGGAACAGUCUGUGAUGACGACUGGGACAUAGAUGAUGCAAACGUGGUCUGCAGACAGCUGAGCUGUGGGACGGCUCUGAGUGCUCCUGGGUCUGCUCAUUUUGGGGAAGGAACUGGACAAAUCUGGCUCGAUGAUGUGGCCUGUUCAGGAAACGAGAGCUCUCUGAGUAAUUGUCAGCACAGAGGUUUUGGGACACAUAACUGUGAACACGGCAAGGAUGCUGGAGUCACCUGUACAGGUGCUAGGAUCAUGUUAGCUGGGUCUACUUUGUGCUCUGGAAGAGUUGAAAUCUACUAUGGUGACUCCUUGGGAACAGUCUGUGAUGACGACUGGGACAUAGAUGAUGCAAACGUGGUCUGCAGACAGCUGAGCUGUGGGACGGCUCUGAGUGCUCCUGGGUCUGCACAUUUCGGUGAAGGAACCGGAGAAAUCUGGCUGAACAAUGUGGCCUGUUCAGGAAAUGAGAGCUCUCUAAGUCAUUGUCAGCACAGAGGACUUGGGACACACAACUGUGGACACGGCAAGGACGCUGGAGUCACCUGUACAGGUGCUGAGAUCAGGUUAGUUGGGCCUUCUCCGUGCUCUGGAAGAGUUGAAAUCUACCACAACGGUGACUGGGGGACAGUCUGUGAUGACGACUGGGACAUAAAUGAUGCAAACGUGGUCUGCAGACAGCUGAACUGUGGGACGGCUCUGAGUGCUCCUGGGUCUGCUCAUUUUGGUGAAGGAACCGGAGAAAUCUGGCUCGAUGAUGUGGCCUGUUCAGGAAACGAGAGCUCUCUAAGUCAUUGUCAGCACAGUGCACAUGGGACACAGUUUUGCGGACACUUCGAGGACGCUGGAGUCAUCUGUACAAAUGAUAACAUCAGGUUAGCUGGGUCUACUUUGUGCUCUGGAAGAGUUGAAAUCUACCACGGUGACUCCUGGGGAACAGUCUGUGAUGACGACUGGGACAUAAAUGAUGCAAACGUGGUCUGCAGACAGCUGAGCUGUGGGACGGCUCUGAGUGCUCCUGGGUCUGCUCAUUUUGGUGAAGGAACCGGAGGAAUAUGGCUCGAUGAUGUGGCGUGUUCAGGAAAUGAGGGCUCUCUAAGUCAUUGUCAGCACGGUGGACUUGGGACACACAACUGUGGACACGGGAAGGACGCUGGAGUCAGCUGUACAGGUGCUGAGAUCAGGUUAGCUGGGCCUACUUUGUGCUCUGGAAGAGUUGAAAUCUUCCACAAAGGUGUCUGGGGGACAGUCUGUGAUGUCGGCUGGGACAUAAAUGAUGCAAACGUGGUCUGCAGACAGCUGAGCUGUGGGACGGCUCUGAGUGCUCCUGGGUCCGCUCAUUUUGGUGAAGGAACCGGACAAAUCUGGCUCGACGAUGUGGCCUGUUCAGGAAACGAGAGCUCUCUAAGUCACUGUCAGCACAGAGGACUUGGGAUACACAACUGUGGACACGGCAAAGACGCUGGGGUCGUCUGCUCUGGUGCUGAGAUCAGGUUAGUUGGGCCUACUCCGUGCUCUGGAAGAGUAGAAAUCUACCACAGUGACUCCUGGGGAACAGUCUGUGGUGACGACUGGGACAUAAAUGAUGCAAACGUGGUCUGCAGACAGCUGAGCUGUGGGACAGCUCUGAGUGUUCCUGGCGCUGCUCAUUUUGGUGAAGGAACCGGACAAAUCUGGCUCGAUGAUGUGGCCUGUUCAGGAAAUGAGAGCUCCCUGAGUCAUUGUCAGUACAAUGGACAUGGGGUACAAUUUUGUGGACACUUCCAGGACGCUGGAGUCAUCUGUACAGAGGGUAACAUCAGGUUAGCUGGGUCUACUUUGUGCUCUGGGAGAGUGGAAAUCUACCACAACGGUGUCUGGGGGACAGUCUGUGAUGACGACUGGGACAUAAAUGAUGCAAACGUGGUCUGCAGACAGCUGAGCUGUGGGACGGCUCUGAGUGCUCCUGGGGCUGCUCAUUUUGGUGAAGGAACCGGAGAAAUCUGGCUCGAUGAUGUGGCCUGUUUAGGAAAUGAGAGCUCUCUGAGUAAUUGUCAGCACGGUGGACUUGGGACGCACAACUGUGGACAUGGCAAGGAUGCUGGAGUCAACUGUACAGGUGCUGAGAUCAGGUUAGCUGGGUCUACUACGUGCUCUGGAAGAGUUGAAAUCUACCACAACGGUGUCUGGGGGACAGUCUGUGAUGACGACUGGGACAUAAAUGAUGCAAACGUGGUCUGCAGACAGUUGAGCUGUGGGACGGCUCUGAGUGCUCCUGUGUCUGCUCAUUUUGGUGAAGGAACCGGACAAAUCUGGCUCAACAAUGUGGCCUGUUCAGGAAGUGAGAGCUCUCUAAGUCAUUGUCAGCGCAGAGGACUUGGGACACCCAAAUGUGGACACAGCAAGGACGCUGGAGUCAACUGUACAGGUACUGAGAUCAGGUUAGCUGGGUCUACUACGUGCUCUGGAAGAGUUGAAAUCUACCACAACGGUGUCUGGGGAACAGUCUGUGAUGACGGCUGGGACAUAAAUGAUGCAAACGUGGUCUGCAGACAGCUGAACUGUGGGACGGCUCUGAGUGCUCCUGGGUCUGCUCAUUUUGGUCAAGGAACCGGACAAAUCUGGCUCCAUUAUGUGGCCUGUUCAGGAAAUGAGGGCUCUCUAAGUCAUUGUCAGCACAGAGGACUUGGGGUACACUACUGUGGACACUACGAGGACGCUGGAGUCAUCUGUACAGAGGGUAACAUCAGGUUAGCUGGGCCUACUUUGUGCUCUGGAAGAGUUGAAAUCUACCACAACGGUGUCUGGGGGACAGUCUGUGAUGACGACUGGGACAUAAAUGAUGCAAACGUGGUCUGCAGACAGCUGAGCUGUGGGACGGCUCUGAGUGCUCCUGGGGCUGCUCAUUUUGGUGAAGGAACCGGAGAAAUCUGGCUCGAUGAUGUGGCCUGUUUAGGAAAUGAGAGCUCUCUGAGUAAUUGUCAGCACGGUGGACUUGGGACGCACAACUGUGGACAUGGCAAGGAUGCUGGAGUCAACUGUACAGGUGCUGAGAUCAGGUUAGCUGGGUCUACUACGUGCUCUGGAAGAGUUGAAAUCUACCACAACGGUGUCUGGGGAACAGUCUGUGAUGAUGACUGGGACAUAAAUGAUGCAAACGUGGUCUGCAGACAGUUGAGCUGUGGGACGGCUCUGAGUGCUCCUGUGUCCGCUCAUUUUGGUGAAGGAACCGGACAAAUCUGGCUCAACAAUGUGGCCUGUUCAGGAAGUGAGAGCUCUCUAAGUCAUUGUCAGCACAGAGGACUUGGGACACACUGUGGACACGGCAAGGCCGCUGGAGUCAUCUGUAAAGGUGCUGAGAUCAGGUUAGUUGGGUCUACUCUGUGCUCUGGAAGAGUUGAAAUCUACCACAACGGUGUCUGGGGAACAGUCUGUGAUGACAACUGGGACAUAAAUGAUGCAAACGUGGUCUGCAGACAGCUGAACUGUGGGAGGGCUCUGAGUGCUCCUGCUUCUGCUCAUUUUGGUGAAGGAACCGGAGAAAUCUGGCUCAAUAAUGUGGCCUGUUCAGGAAGUGAGAGCUCUCUAAGUCAUUGUCAGCACAGAGGACUUGGGACACACAACUGUAAACACAGCGAGGACGCUGGAGUCACCUGUACAGAUGAUAACAUCAGGUUAGCUGGGUCUACUUUGUGCUCUGGAAGAGUUGAAAUCUACCACGGUGACUCCUGGGGAACAGUCUGUGAUGACGACUGGGACAUAAAUGAUGCAAACGUGGUCUGCAGACAGCUGAGCUGUGCGGCUCUGAGUGCUCCUGGGUCUGCUCAUUUUGGUGAAGGAACCGGAGGAAUAUGGCUCGAUGAUGUGGCGUGUUCAGGAAAUGAGGGCUCUCUAAGUCAUUGUCAGCACGGUGGACUUGGGACACACAACUGUGGACACGGGAAGGACGCUGGAGUCAGCUGUACAGGUGCUGAGAUCAGGUUAGCUGGGCCUACUUUGUGCUCUGGAAGAGUUGAAAUCUUCCACAAAGGUGUCUGGGGGACAGUCUGUGAUGUCGGCUGGGACAUAAAUGAUGCAAACGUGGUCUGCAGACAGCUGAGCUGUGGGACGGCUCUGAGUGCUCCUGGGUCCGCUCAUUUUGGUGAAGGAACCGGACAAAUCUGGCUCGACGAUGUGGCCUGUUCAGGAAACGAGAGCUCUCUAAGUCACUGUCAGCACAGAGGACUUGGGAUACACAACUGUGGACACGGCAAAGACGCUGGGGUCGUCUGCUCUGGUGCUGAGAUCAGGUUAGUUGGGCCUACUCCGUGCUCUGGAAGAGUAGAAAUCUACCACAGUGACUCCUGGGGAACAGUCUGUGGUGACGACUGGGACAUAAAUGAUGCAAACGUGGUCUGCAGACAGCUGAGCUGUGGGACAGCUCUGAGUGCUCCUGGGUCUGCUCAUUUUGGUGAAGGAACCGGACAAAUCUGGCUCGAUGAUGUGGCCUGUUCAGGAAAUGAGAGCUCCCUGAGUCAUUGUCAGUACAAUGGACAUGGGGUACAAUUUUGUGGACACUUCCAGGACGCUGGAGUCAUCUGUACAGAGGGUAACAUCAGGUUAGCUGGGUCUACUUUGUGCUCUGGAAGAGUUGAAAUCUACCACAACGGUGUCUGGGGGACAGUCUGUGAUGACGACUGGGACAUAAAUGAUGCAAACGUGGUCUGCAGACAGCUGAGCUGUGGGACGGCUCUGAGUGCUCCUGGGGCUGCUCAUUUUGGUGAAGGAACCGGAGAAAUCUGGCUCGAUGAUGUGGCCUGUUUAGGAAAUGAGAGCUCUCUGAGUAAUUGUCAGCACGGUGGACUUGGGACGCACAACUGUGGACAUGGCAAGGAUGCUGGAGUCAACUGUACAGGUGCUGAGAUCAGGUUAGCUGGGUCGACUACGUGCUCUGGAAGAGUUGAAAUCUACCACAACGGUGUCUGGGGGACAGUCUGUGAUGACGACUGGGACAUAAAUGAUGCAAACGUGGUCUGCAGACAGUUGAGCUGUGGGACGGCUCUGAGUGCUCCUGUGUCUGCUCAUUUUGGUGAAGGAACCGGACAAAUCUGGCUCAACAAUGUGGCCUGUUCAGGAAGUGAGAGCUCUCUAAGUCAUUGUCAGCGCAGAGGACUUGGGACACCCAAAUGUGGACACAGCAAGGACGCUGGAGUCAACUGUACAGGUACUGAGAUCAGGUUAGCUGGGUCUACUACGUGCUCUGGAAGAGUUGAAAUCUACCACAACGGUGUCUGGGGAACAGUCUGUGAUGACGGCUGGGACAUAAAUGAUGCAAACGUGGUCUGCAGACAGCUGAACUGUGGGACGGCUCUGAGUGCUCCUGGGUCUGCUCAUUUUGGUCAAGGAACCGGACAAAUCUGGCUCCAUUAUGUGGCCUGUUCAGGAAAUGAGGGCUCUCUAAGUCAUUGUCAGCACAGAGGACUUGGGGUACACUACUGUGGACACUACGAGGACGCUGGAGUCAUCUGUACAGAGGGUAACAUCAGGUUAGCUGGGUCUACUUUGUGCUCUGGAAGAGUUGAAAUCUACCACGGUGACUCCUGGGGAACAGUCUGUGAUGACGACUGGGACAUAAAUGAUGCAAACGUGGUCUGCAGACAGCUGAGCUGUGGGACGGCUCUGAGUGCUCCUGGGUCUGCUCAUUUUGGUCAAGGAACCGGAGAAAUAUGGCUCGAUGAUGUGGCGUGUUCAGGAAAUGAGGGCUCUCUAAGUCAUUGUCAGCACGGUGGACUUGGGACACACAACUGUGGACACGGGAAGGACGCUGGAGUCAGCUGUACAGGUGCUGAGAUCAGGUUAGCUGGGCCUACUUUGUGCUCUGGAAGAGUUGAAAUCUUCCACAAAGGUGUCUGGGGGACAGUCUGUGAUGUCGGCUGGGACAUAAAUGAUGCAAACGUGGUCUGCAGACAGCUGAGCUGUGGGACGGCUCUGAGUGCUCCUGGGUCCGCUCAUUUUGGUGAAGGAACCGGACAAAUCUGGCUCGACGAUGUGGCCUGUUCAGGAAACGAGAGCUCUCUAAGUCACUGUCAGCACAGAGGACUUGGGAUACACAACUGUGGACACGGCAAAGACGCUGGGGUCGUCUGCUCUGGUGCUGAGAUCAGGUUAGUUGGGCCUACUCCGUGCUCUGGAAGAGUAGAAAUCUACCACAGUGACUCCUGGGGAACAGUCUGUGGUGACGACUGGGACAUAAAUGAUGCAAACGUGGUCUGCAGACAGCUGAGCUGUGGGACAGCUCUGAGUGCUCCUGGGUCUGCUCAUUUUGGUGAAGGAACCGGACAAAUCUGGCUCGAUGAUGUGGCCUGUUCAGGAAAUGAGAGCUCCCUGAGUCAUUGUCAGUACAAUGGACAUGGGGUACAAUUUUGUGGACACUUCCAGGACGCUGGAGUCAUCUGUACAGAGGGUAACAUCAGGUUAGCUGGGCCUACUUUGUGCUCUGGAAGAGUUGAAAUCUACCACAACGGUGUCUGGGGGACAGUCUGUGAUGACGACUGGGACAUAAAUGAUGCAAACGUGGUCUGCAGACAGCUGAGCUGUGGGACGGCUCUGAGUGCUCCUGGGUCUGCUCAUUUUGGUGAAGGAACCGGAGAAAUCUGGCUCGAUGAUGUGGCCUGUUCAGGAAAUGAGAGCUCUCUGAGUAAUUGUCAGCACGGUGGACUUGGGACACACAACUGUGGACAUGGCAAGGAUGCUGGAGUCAACUGUACAGGUGCUGAGAUCAGGUUAGCUGGGUCUACUACGUGCUCUGGAAGAGUUGAAAUCUACCACAACGGUGUUUGGGGGACGGUCUGUAAUGAUGACUGGGACAUAAAUGAUGCAAACGUGGUCUGCAGACAGUUGAGCUGUGGGACGGCUCUGAGUGCUCCUGUGUCUGCUCAUUUUGGUCAAGGAACCGGACAAAUCUGGCUCAACAAUGUGGCCUGUUCAGGAAGUGAGAGCUCUCUAAGUCAUUGUCAGCACAGAGGACUUGGGACACCCAAAUGUGGACACAGCAAGGACGCUGGAGUCAACUGUACAGGUACUGAGAUCAGGUUAGCUGGGUCUACUACGUGCUCUGGAAGAGUUGAAAUCUACCACAACGGUGUCUGGGGAACAGUCUGUGAUGACGGCUGGGACAUAAAUGAUGCAAAUGUGGUCUGCAGACAGCUGAGCUGUGGGACGGCUCUGAGUGCUCCUGGGUCUGCUCAUUUUGGUCAAGGAACCGGACAAAUCUGGCUCGAUGAUGUGGCCUGUUCAGGAAACGAGAGCUCUCUGAGUCAUUGUCAGCACGGUGGACUUGGGACACACAACUGUGGACACUACGAGGACGCUGGAGUCAUCUGUACAGAGGGUAACAUCAGGUUAGCUGGGUCUACUACGUGCUCUGGAAGAGUUGAAAUCUACCACAACGAUGUCUGGGGAACAGUCUGUGAUGACGGCUGGGACAUAAAUGAUGCAAACGUGGUCUGCAGACAGCUGAACUGUGGGACGGCUCUGAGUGCUCCUGGGUCUGCUCAUUUUGGUGAAGGAACCGGAGAAAUAUGGCUCGAUGAUGUGGCGUGUUCAGGAAAUGAGGGCUCUCUAAGUCAUUGUCAGCACAGUGGACUUGGGACACACAACUGUGGACACGGGAAGGAUGCUGGAGUCAACUGUACAGGUGCUGAGAUCAGGUUAGCUGGGCCUGCUUUGUGCUCUGGAAGAGUUGAAAUCUACCACAAAGGGGUCUGGGGGACAGUCUGUGAUGUCGGCUGGGACAUAAAUGAUGCAAACGUGGUCUGCAGACAGCUGAGCUGUGGGACGGCUCUGAGUGCUGCUGGGUCUGCUCAAUUUGGUCAAGGAACCGGUCAAAUCUGGCUCGACGAUGUGGCCUGUUAUGGAAACGAGAGCUCUCUAAGUCACUGUCAGCACAGAGGACUUGGGAUACACAACUGUGGACACGGCAAAGAUGCUGGGGUCGACUGCUCAGGUGCUGAGAUCAGGUUAGCCGGGUCUACUUUCUGCUCUGGAAGAGUUGAAAUCUACCACAACGGUGUCUGGGGGACAGUCUGUGAUGACGGCUGGGACAUAAAUGAUGCAAACGUGGUCUGCAGACAGCUGAACUGUGGGAGGGCUGUGAGUGCUCCUGGGUUUGCUCAUUUUGGUGAAGGAACCGGACAAAUCUGGCUCGAUGAUGUGGCCUGUUCAGGAAACGAGAGAUCUCUAAGUCAUUGUAAGCACAGUGUACGAGGGGUACAAUUUUGUAAACACCACGAGGAUGCCGGAGUCAUCUGUACAGAGGGUAACAUCAGGUUAGCUGGGCCUACUUUGUGCUCUGGAAGAGUUGAAAUCUACCACAACGGUGUCUGGGGGACAGUCUGUGAUGACGACUGGGACAUAAAUGAUGCAAACGUGGUCUGCAGACAGCUGAGCUGUGGGACGGCUCUGAGUGCUCCUGGGUCUGCUCAAUUUGGUGAAGGAACCGGACAAAUCUGGCUCGAUGAUGUGGCCUGUUCAGGAAAUGAGAGGUCUCUGAGUAAUUGUCAGCACAGAGGGCUUGGGACACACAACUGUGGACACGGCAAGGACGCUGGAGUCAACUGUACAGGUGCUGGGAUCAGGUUAGCUGGGUCUACUACGUGCUCUGGAAGAGUUGAAAUCUACCACAACGGUGUCUGGGGGACAGUCUGUGAUGACAACUGGGACAUAAAUGAUGCAAACGUGGUCUGCAGACAGUUGAGCUGUGGGACGGCUCUGAGUGCUCCUGUGUCUGCUCAUUUUGGUGAAGGAACCGGACAAAUCUGGCUCAACAAUGUGGCCUGUUCAGGAAGUGAGAGCUCUCUAAGUCAUUGUCAGCGCAGAGGACUUGGGACACCCAAAUGUGGACACAGCAAGGACGCUGGAGUCAACUGUACAGGUACUGAGAUCAGGUUAGCUGGGCCUACUACGUGCUCUGGACGAGUUGAAAUCUACCACAACGGUGUCUGGGGAACAGUCUGUGAUGACGACUGGGACAUAAAUGAUGCAAACGUGGUCUGCAGACAGUUGAACUGUGGGAGGGCUCUGAGUGCUCCUGGGUCUGCUCAUUUUGGUCAAGGAACCGGACAAAUCUGGCUCGAUGAUGUGGCCUGUUCAGGAAGUGAGAGCUCUCUAAGUCAUUGUCAGCACAGAGGACUUGGAGUACACAACUGUGGACACUACGAGGACACUGGAGUCAUCUGUACAGAUGAUAACAUCAGGUUAGCUGGAUCCAUUUUGUGCUCUGGAAGAGUUGAAAUCUAUCACGGUGACUUUUGGGGAACAGUCUGUGAUGACGACUGGGACAUAAAUGAUGCAAACGUGGUCUGCAGACAGCUGAGCUGUGGGACGGCUCUGAGUGCUCCUGGGUCUGCUCAUUUUGGUGAAGGAACCGGAAAAAUCUGGUUCAACAAUCUGAACUGUUCAGGAAAUGAGGGCUCUCUAAGUCAUUGUCAGCACAGUGGAUUUGGGACACACAACUGUGGACACGGCAAGGACGCUGGAGUCAGCUGUACAGGUGCUGAGAUCAGGUUAGCUGGGCCUAAUUUGUGCUCUGGAAGAGUUGAAAUCUUCCACAAAGGUGUCUGGUGGACAGUCUGUGAUGACGACUGGGACAUAAAUGAUGCAAACGUGGUCUGCAGACAGCUGAGCUGUGGGACGGCUCUGAGUGCUCCUGGGUCUGCUCAUUUUGGUGAAGGAACCGGACAAAUCUGGCUCAACAAUGUGGCCUGUUCAGGAAAUGAGAGCUCUCUAAGUCAUUGUCAGUACAGAGGACUUGGGACACACAACUGUGGACACAGGAAGGACGCUGGAGUCACCUGUACAGGUGCUGAGAUCAGGUUAGUUGGGCCUACUCCGUGCUCUGGAAGAAUUGAAAUCUACCACAACGGCAUCUGGGGAACAGUCUGUGAUGACGGCUGGGACAUAGAUGAUUCAAACGUGGUCUGCAGACAGCUGAACUGUGGGACGGCUCUGAGUGCUCCUGGGUCUGCUCAUUUUGGUGAAGGAACCGGACAAAUUUUGCUGGAUGAUGUGGCCUGUUCAGGAAACGAGAGCUCUCUGAGUCAUUGUCAGUACAGUGGACGUCUGGUACAGUUAUGUGGACACUUUGAGGACGCUGGAGUCAUCUGUACAAAUGAUAACAUCAGGUUAGCUGGGCCUACUUUGUGCUCUGGAAGAGUUGAAAUCUACCACGGUGACUCCUGGGGAACAGUCUGUGAUGACGACUGGGACAUAAAUGAUGCUAACGUGGUCUGCAGACAGCUGAACUGUGGGACGGCUCUGAGUGCUCCUGGGUCUGCUCAUUUUGGUCAAGGAACUGGACAAAUCUGGCUUGAUGAUGUGGCCUGUUCAGGAAACGAGAGCUCUCUGAGUAAUUGUCAGCACAGUGGUUUUGGGACACACAACUGUGAACACGGCAAGGAUGCUGGAGUCAGCUGUACAGGUGCUGAAAUCAGGUUAGCUGGUUCUACUGCGUGCUCUGGAAGAGUUGAAAUCUACCACAACGGUGUCUGGGGAACAGUCUGUGAUCAUGACUGGGACAUAAAUGAUGCAAACGUGGUCUGCAGACAGCUGAACUGUGGGACGGCUCUGAGCACCACUCAAUCAGUCAUUUUUGGUGAAGGAAUCGGUCAAAUCUGGCUCAACGGUGUGGCCUGUUCAGGAAAUGAAACCUCUCUAACUCAGUGUGGUCACAGUGGAUUUGAAUCACCCAACUGUGGACAUGAUAAGGACGCUGGGGUCGUCUGUUCAGCAACUCUCCCAAAGCCCAGCAUCUCUAUGAGUCCAGCCACUGAGGUUACCUAUGGCCAAGAGGUCAGUUUCACUUGUUCGAUCACAGCUGAACUUUUAGGUGGAACAUUCAUCCUCCAGAAAACGCCUGGCUCCUUCAGAGAGACUGAAACAUCCGGUUCCAAGUCUGCUACCUUCAACAUUCCUAAAGUGCACUUUGAUCAUGAUGGAUUCUAUCAUUGUCAAUAUGAGAGAAGAAUUUCGGUUGAAACGUUCAGCUCCUCCCGCAGUGACUCCAUCAGACUUUCUGUUAAGGGUUAAAGGUAAAAAAAGAAAUGAGUCAAUUGACCUGCAGUCUGAUUAAGUCUGAAGGACUUACUCAUCAUGGCUCAGUUAUUCCCAGAAAAGGUGUUACUGUAUCAAAUCAUUAUGUUUUUUUAUAUCUUCAAUGAGCAUAUUCGUAGCUACAUAGGAAAAAGGAAAAUAAAAAAAAUCAAAUGGUU